CACGUGCGAACCGUGUUCGCUUAGCUCGUGGUUUCGUGGGCGCGACCGUCUCUUCUGUGUGAUCGCUUCGACGCAACGUCGUACUCAACACCAGACACUGCACUGGGUAGACCAAUGCUGUCUGUCAUGAGGGGAAUGCACGCCUUUGUGGCGUCGAGGCAGCGAUGGUUCAACGGGACGCAGAUGCUAGUGGCGUACUUGGCGCCUAUUUACCUGUCGCCCCUACUCGCACGUGGAACCAUGGAAGGUCGCUGUGCCUACUGCGUACUUCUCGUGUUCGAGUUCUGGGCGCUGAACGUGAUCCCAGCGCCCGUGGCGUCGUCGGUGCCCUUCGUGCUCCUCCCGCUUCUGGGUGUCAUUGACCCAGACCUCGUGGCCGGACAUUAUAUAAACGAGACGAUGCUGUUCAUCGUGGGCGUGGUCCUGCUCGCGCUGGCCAUGGAAGGGACCAACAUAUACAGCCGCGUGGCGCUCGCCAUCCUGGGCGCGUGCGGCGCCGGCGUCAAGGCCGUCUUCACGGCGCUCAUGGCGCUCGCGUUCUGCGCCACGCUGCUCUUCGAGAACGUCCUCUCGACGCUCAUCGUGAUGCCCGUCGUCGAGUGCACCAUGGUGGAGAUCGAGAACGACGCGCUCACCAGCACCACGCGCCGCCGCAUGCUGCGCAGGGCCUCGGUCAUGGCGCGCCUCACGAGCCAGCAGCAGCCCGAGCUGCCGGCGCUCGCGGCCUCGUCGCAGCACGUCGGCCCCGGGCCGAUGACCCACAUGUCGCGCCGCAGCAGUCGCGGCAGUCGCGACACCAUGUGGACACCCGAUUCGGGCCUGUCGUCCGCCUACGCCAGGGGAGCGUUGGGUUGCCGCAAAAGGAGCAGCAUUAUAAGCCUGGAAUUCGCCGCCAAGUUCGAGCAGGAGGCGCAGAAAUACCUGCUGAUCCGACGAGUCCUGCUCCUGUCCGUCGCCUACUCCGCAACUCUUGGCGCCAUCGGCUCGGUCUUUGGCAACCCGGCGUCUCGGGUCCUGCGUAUGGUGCUUGAAGAGCGGUACUCGUACGACCGGCUUACCAUGAUGUCGUGGCUCGUCAUCUGCCUGCCUAUCUCGGCCGCCGGCAUCCUGGCCUGCUGGAUGGUCGUGUUUGUGGUCUUCCUCAAGGAAUACGACUGCGAAGAGGACGACGAGACGAAGGAAAGCAUAGCGAAGAUCCUGGAAGAAAAAUACCGCGCUCUCGGGAGAUUCAGGCACUGCCCUCAGGAUAGGAAUUGGGCAAGGUGCCGAGGACGGUGGGCUGGCCAGGGGUUUCAGGGCAGGGAGCUGACGUCGGUAGGCAGCAAGCUGGAGUACUUCGUCAUGGCCUGCAUUCUUGGGCUUUUCCUCGUGCUUCUGCUCCGCUCCGAGUUUGCCACUCCGUUCGCGGUGCCAGAAGAAUUUGGACUGUUGAGCCUCAGAGACACGACGUUCGUGUUCGUGCUGGUGCUGCUGUUCUUCGCGAUGCCGCAACAGCCGUGCGACCACCUGUUCAGCGAAUACCUGCUCGAAUGGAGCCUGGUGAAGCGGAAGGUGCCGUGGAGCGCGUUCAUCACCUACGGGGGAGGGCUGUGCGUGGCAGGAGCCAUAAAGGAGUCUGGGCUACUGGCAUGGCUGUCCAGCGUCCUUAUGGUAAUGAGCCACUGGCACCCGGUGUUCGUGCAGCUGGUGCUCAUGCUGAUCACCACGGUGCUGACGGAAGUCAACAACGACACCGCAGCGGCCACGGUGCUCAUACCCAUCGCCUGCGACCUCGCCGAGUCCACAAUGGUCAAUCCGCUGUACUACGGCGUGCCGGUGACCGUCGCCUGCUCAACGGGCCUUCUCCUGCCGGUGUGCUCACUGCAAAUGGCGCUCGUGCACGCCAACCUGCUCGAGUACCGGCUCACCAGCGUGCUGUCGUCGGUCUUCUUCAUGAAGGCGGUCACCAUCCUGGCCAUUUUCAUCUCAGUCCACACUACCGGGAACUACUACUUCAGCUUCAGCACGUUCCCGCAGUGGGCCAACAAAACGCUCAUGGUGCUUAACAGCACAACGGACACCCCAAUCUAGAGUUGGGACAAAAUUUGGAUGGAAUAUAUAGCGAAUGAACAAAGCCGAUCGACAGGCAGUUUGUCGCUGAAAUAAAUACGCGUAUAAUCAUAGGAGCAUAGUUUAAAAUUUCGUGCAUUGCAUCCAGUGUGCUGUCAUGGUGGCCAAGGGGCUUUGUUGGUCAGAACGAUGUAUCGGGCUCGGUUCGCAUCCGUGGUUGUCAGAUUCCGAAAAGGUUGGAAUGCGAAAACGCUUGUGCACUCGAAAAUCGCGUUAGCAGCGCGUUGUAGCACAGAUGGUCUUAAUUGUGAUCCCAUCACUACGGCCUUCUUAGUAGUCCAACAAUUGAUUUUGGAAUGAAGUGGUUGGUCCAUCGGUAUAACGUAGUUCGUCUGUCACAAUGGUAGAAUAACGGUUGCUUUGUUUCGGAAAUGAAGGGAAUAUAGUGAAAGUUGACUUCCAGCAAAGAGAUGCGUGGAAACGGAACGCUUAUGUUGACAAAUGUUGAAAAUGAUGGGUGCGACUCAAGCCAUGCUACGAACAACCACGUUGAACUUGUCUUUGAGUUAGUAUGCUGAUUUUAACAAUUACAGUUAUACCUGAAGCACGAUAAUGUAGCUUUUCUGAUAACCUCUUCAUUCAUUGACUCUCUGUGGCAUGCAAAAAUUCAGUUGUGUGCGUCUCUAAAGCUGUCCGUGUGGAAGGAUACACGCUAGCUCCGACGUUGCGAUUGAUAAAGGGAUCUUUUCGGUUAUGGACGACAUUAAAUUCUUAAUUAGUCCAGACAGGUAAAUUCAGACAGGUUUCUGUAAAUCUGUUUAGCUUGCUGUUCUGUUGUAUUAGACAUUUUCGCAAAACUACAGGUUACUCUGUUAACCUCUAUACUUACAUUUUUUUUCUGUUCAUCUCAACUUGUUCAUCCCAACGUGGACCGUAAAAGCUGCCAUAAAUAUGGGAAAAUCUUGACGAUGGGAAGCCAUUUAAGGACAGAAGAGAUAGUCACAAAGUAGCAGCGCAGAGUAGAAUUGUGGCACGUAUUGUGGUGUACCUUGGGAUGUAGUGAUGUGAGAGCGGAUAUGUCUGACAUGGUGACAUGGACGAGAUAUAGCGAAGUAACUCGUGAAUUUCUGCUCCGCAGCACUCAUUAAAGCGGGCUUCGUUGAAACGAUGCAAAUUUUUCGCAGUUUUUAUUUCCUGCAAGGAAGACAUUUUAAAUGGAAGAGAAUUCACGCUCACUCUGUAGCCGAAAUACCUUGCGCUAAAGACAAAUCCUAAACAUGGAGCGGCAUUGUUAGCACGAGAGAGCAGACUGAAUUAUUGCUCAACAAGGUGCGAUGUGCUACAAUGCAAAAUGUCAUCGAAGCACUGAGAGCAAAAAAAAAAAAAGGACAACGAACUCAUGGGAGCUUGCAGCAUCUAAACCCAACUUUAAGUGAAGCUAUUUCUUUCUAGCCCUAACAAGUAUUUCAGCUGCCUCUAAUUAAAUAAAAAACGUGGCCCUUACGCUACCUUGCCAGCAUGUAGCGAUUUGGAGCACUUAAGAAAUUUGUCUAAAAAGGCGGUAAUUCAUCUACACACAAUUUCGUGACAUUGUUGAUCAAGUUGCCACGCCGCAUCAAGCCUUGUAAGUUUGGGGCAUGGCACACGCGCACGCCGGUCUUGGAUUGCCUCGGGCACUGCCAGUGGUUGCGACUGGCGAUGCACAUUGGGAAACACCGAGACCAACCCGGAGUACUUAUUUUUUCACGUUUUUUAAUCUGUGAAAUGUAUUCCUGCACGUAUUCGCAGCGCAGAAAUUCGAAUCUUUAGCUCUGCCACAAUCUUUACCAAGCGUUGAACAUGAAAAGCUGCACAAGGAAUAUCAGUGUUGCCUUCAUGGAAGCUACAUGUUAGUGCUUCAGAACAAGCAACGGUGUUCGAUGACGUCCCGAAAUUGAUAAACGUUGCCGUAAGGUAAGGUGUCGCCGUAGGGUUUUGCGGGCAGGUAAUAACUGUGGCAAUAAUAGCGGCGAAGAUUUCGCGAACUACGCCAGUAAAAGAUUCACGGCUAUCUAGGAAGCACUGGAUGCGAAAGAUCGAUGUGGACACGCACGGCUCGUUCUUCUAAUGUCUAUUUGUGUUUUUUUUUUCUCAAUGCGAGACAUUUUAUAGGGUGCUCGCAGGAAAGUGACGCAAAGUCAUUUUAAAUUUUUGGAUUCACCUAGAAAAUUAACCACAACCCCAACUACACCUAAUAAUGCUGAUAGUACGGAAAAUUGUGAGGAUAUAUGCAGUAUUAAAAUAAUGAUCUGAAGAGAGUGAAGCAGUAAACUAACUAAUGAGUUGUAAAAUAGCCAAUCUGUAUUAUCUAUGUAGCAAGGGUUCAAUUAUGGUGAGUCGCGUCACCAUACAAUAAUUUGAUGGUCCUGAGUCUUCUGGGCACGAAGGUCCCAUCGGCCGCAACUGAGUCCGAAGCUCCGCCCCCUUCAAGCGCCCCCUUCCAGAUAAUUAUCAGUCACUUGAGCGAAUUGCUCAAGGUCCUGGGCUACGUUUCACUCAUAAAUUACGCACAGGACUACCGAAAGUUUUCUCGUGAGGCAAGUUUGCAGAAAUAACGUCAACAGAGCUUCCGGACAUUGUUAGAUCAUUAUCGCCGCCUGGCCCAGGUACUGAUAGAAUUACGACAGAAGUAUUAAAAUUUGCGUUUGAUUAUCUGCAUGCGGAUCUAAUAAAUGUAAUAAAUGUUUCUAUAAAAAUUACUGGGU